UCCUCUCUCUCUCUCCCCCCCUCCUCUCUCCCCCCCCCCCCUCCUCCUCUCUCUCCCCCCUCCUCCUCUCUCUCUCCCCUCCUCUCUCUCUCUCUCUCUCCCCUCCCCUCUGUCCCCUCCUCUCUCUCUCUCUCCCCUCCUUAUCUCUCCCACCCCUCUCUCUUUACCGCCGUUGUAUGUCCGCAGUCUCUGGUCAUCUCCUGUACUAUGUCCGCAGUCUCUCUGGUCAUCUCCUGUACUAUGUCCGCAGUCUUUGGUCAUCUCCUGUACUGUGUCUGCAGUCUCUGGUCAUCUCCUGUACUAUGUCCGCAGUCUUUGGUCAUCUCCUGUACUGUGUCUGCA